ACAGUGACUCAGAAAUCCAAGAACAACUAUUGACUACAACCUCAUCCUCCUCUACAAAUAUGGAGAUUGAAAAAGUCAACACUGAUCAGGAUGUUGUUCUAAUAGAAACAAAUGAAAAUAAUAGUGCAGACGAUAAUACAUCUACAACAACCACUAUGAAAAUACUCAAAAACAAAUCUAACAAGAAGGAACAAAAUCAUGUCAAACUAUCAGGUCUUACAAGAAAAAGAAAUCUCCAAUCAGAUAAUGAAACAAAAGGUGGUCGCCACUAG